AUGCAGUUUGCUAUACAUUAUAAAACUCCAACUGCGCUGAGAGUAGAGUCCGGUUGUUGUAGCACUGCGUUAGGCCACAGAUCCAGUCUCCAGAAACAGGCAAAACCUCUCAAAAAAGCCAAUAAAGUGCCCUUGGUCGGGGGCCACCACACCGCCUCUCCCCUGUCAUUCUACCCAUCGCUGCCAAACAUCGAUGCCUUUCCACAGCCACCCCCCGCCCACAUGGGAAUACCCCCGGUCCACAUCGACCCCCGGACCGGCCGUAUCACCUCAUGGAUGGACUUCGAUAUACCGGGUAUCCCUCGGCCACCGAUGUAUCCGAUCCCAGGUUACGGACAGUAUUCCCCUCAUCCAGUAUUCCCUGACUUUGCACAACAACUGCAAUGGCACACGCCAGCCAUGUACCCGAUGGCAUCGGGAGCAUUUCGCGGUCCAUACCCGGGAUUGGGAUCCGUUCCCACAUCAGGUUUCCCAGCAUUUCCUCGACCGCCGCUGAUAGCGCCGCACCCGUCGCUGUCGGGCCACCCGGGGCUCACGCACUCGCUGUUGGCCGCCAGCGCCGGCUCCAAACAGCACCAGGACUUGGCGGCCGCGGUGGCGGCGGCCACGGCCGGCAUCAACUCAAUGAACUCACAUUCACAUCACUCGCACUCAGCCCACUGUACAGACAAUAAUAUAAAUAGCGGCUCCGGUGCCAGUAAUUCGCGGCAUUCACUGCCGCCGUACUCUCACUCAUCCUCUCAUCACAACUUCGAUCAAAAGCCAUCACUCAGUCGUAUCAGUAAUGGGAGCUCAACCACAGGAACCAGUACUGGUAGUAGCGGUGGCGGCGGCGUCCGGAGUCCGCCCAACUCGACCAAUAGUGCCAACCAUUCGCUGUCAUCUCCGGGAACGCCCGACAGCUUCAACGGCAAGAUCUCGAAGCACAGCAAAGACAAACCACACGUCAAGAAACCGCUCAACUCUUUCAUGCUGUAUAUGAAGGAAAUGCGGCCCAAAGUGGUCGCCGAAUGCACUCUCAAGGAGAGCGCCGCCAUCAACCAAAUACUGGGGAAAAGGUGGCACGCAUUGACUCGUGAAGAACAGGCAAAAUAUUAUGAUAUGGCCAGAAAGGAAAGGCAGUUACACAUGCAGUUAUACCCCGGAUGGACGGCUAGAGAUAACUACGCGGCCAACGCCAAGAAAAAGAAGAAAAAGCGCGACAAGAAUAGUGACGGAGAAGGGGGAGCACUCAAGAAAUGUAGGGCCAGAUUCGGGUUAGACCAACAAAACAAUUGGUGCAAACCGUGCAGGCGGAAAAAGAAGUGCAUUCGCUAUAAAGACGGCGACACUGCCGGUGAAAGUGAAGACAAUAUCGGAAGUGUGGACAGCAUAGAGGCUCCCACUCCUGAUUCCAAGAGUGCCAAUGAGAGCGAUGCCGAUAACAUGACACUGUCGUCGACAGAGCUGAGCCUAUCGAGUCCUCCAGUUCCUAAUAGUGAUUAUAUCUUACCUCAUUCUCACCACAACCUGCCACUCAUGCAUCAGAUCCAUAACGAUAUCAACUCCAGAGUUCAAAUGCCAACACUGGCCUCUCCGUCGCCAUUGCCGUCGUGUCCGCCCCGUAAUAGUCCGUUCAGUAUUGAACAGUUGGCGCGACCUCAUUGUCCACAAGUCAGAUCGUCGUCCUCUUCAUCGAUAUCAUCUGUGAAUAAUAGGUCUAAGACUCCACUUAUGACCACCUCGUCGAGUGAUUCAAUAUCUGUGCCGCAACUGCCGACCCCUCCCUCCUCCGAGGCCUCCACACCAGCCAUGCUGUCCGUCGCCUGACCUCCGACCUUACGCUAUGCCUUCCAUCACCUCAUCAGACAUAAUGUCAAAUAGGAAAUCAUCCGUUCAUUACAUUACCUGAGACUUCACUUUCACCUCAAAAUAAUAAGAGCUUUGAAUUCAUUGAUGAAUUUUUGUUCAAUUUU